CUACUCCCGCCUCCUUCACCCUCCUACCAUGUUUUCUUUCCCCAAAAUUUAUUCUACUCCUCCCUCUGCCCCUCCCUCCUCGCUUUUCCGCAUGCAGCGCCGCCCACAGCCUUCAUUAAUGGCGGAGGACAUCAACACCGCAAGAAGGGGGCUGGCCAAUCUACAGAGGGUUCUUCAAAUCUACAGGUGGCUUGAUGAGUCUGUUAAGAAAGGUAAGACCAUGGAUGGUUCCCAGGUUUUGAUGAAGAUGGGAGAAAGAGAUCCAAAACCAGAUCCCAUGAGCUUUGAGAUUGUGAUUAGGGGGCUUUGCAAUGAUGGCAUGUUGGAUAUGAGUCGUGAUUUACUGGGCCAGAUGAUGCGAUAUAAUAUAGGCAUUAGAUGUGAGAAGACAAGGAUAUGCUGCCCAUUGACAACCAUCAGUCCCCUUCAAACAAGAGGACAGGUAGUAGGAUGA